CUGGUCCCUUAUAACUUCAUUUCCACAGUAGGGCAGACCCACAGAUGUCAGAUUUGGCACGUUUGUAGCAGAUAGUCCGGAUCAGCUUCAGUCUGUAGGUAAUGCUAAAUCAUAUUUCAUCACAUCGGCAGCUUACGUUUAGCAGGACGCUUCAAACAGAGCGGAGAAGUAGUAUGGCGUCUGUCGGGAGACUGAGGAGUGGCAGUCCCGCUAAUUAAAAAGUAGCUAGUUCCUAAAUGAGCUAACAUUAGAUAGAAGCUAAGUUGGUUAUGUAGGCUGCUGUCCUCAGUGGGAAACCCACUCUGACACUAGCUAACUGGAUGUUAAUAACUAGCCCCGUUAGCAUCAGAUGAUCUGCCACAAACCUGCCUGUUAGCUGCUUUAUCUACACGCACACUGCAGCCAUGGAAGAAGUUGACAAAAUUCUGAUUCACGCCCUCAAACAAGUCGGCACAGAAGUGAACGAGGAGACCGACAGCGUCAGACAGUUCAGCAGCGAGCUCAUUGUGGAGGCGGUGGUCAGAUGUAUCCGGGUGAUCGAUCCAGGCCUGGGCAGUGCGCUGCCCACCUCCCUGCCCCCAGGCAUGUCUGCCCGCUUCAGGGUGGGCAUGAGCCUGGCACAAGCCUGUCAGGACAUUGGAUACAAAGGAGAGAUAGGCUACCAGACCUUUCUGUACAGCAACGAGCAGGAGAUCCGCUCGCUGCUUAUGUUCCUGGUGGAGAAGCUGCCCAGAGAGAGUGCAGAGGCCUCAGACCAGCCAACAGGUAAAUCGGUGGUCCUUCAGAGAGCCAUCGCUGCUGCGGUCAAAGCCCAGCUGGCUGUUCCCUGGCUGCCUCCCAGCUGCAGGCUGCCUCUGCACAGUGAAACACAAAGACCAGCAGCAGUGCACAGCUUCCAUGUCCAGCCUCUCAGUUUACCACACUGCACUAAAGGUCCAGGAAAGAAGACGCUGAAAGAGGUGAAGGACUACCAGCGAGAGAUCCUUAUUCCGGUGACUGCCCAACCUUCCCAUCAUGCCUCUGCGGUGGCGUCCAUACUGGAGCAGCACACAGCUGAGCUGAGUGCUGCUCAGGAGUGGGACAGCGAGUGGAACAGUCAGGGACUUUUGUCUCGCCUCACGCCGCAGGAGUAUCGCUCCAGGAAACUGAGCCGGCUGCGGAAACGCAUUGAGGAGCAGCUGCGUUCUGCCGCGCUGCCCUCUCCUGAAAGUGCCUUCAGUGGUCCUCGCUCCACCUCUGACCUCUCCGAGUUACUGCAAGCCUUCAGAGGCUCCGCCCCCUCUGACCACGUCCUGACCAAGGGUACCCACUUCACCCACACACAGAAGUUCACCUUUGCACAGCAGGCGGCAGCAGUAACCAGCCCCAUCCCCUCUGGCUGUCAGUCAGAGAGUGAUAUCCAGCUCCGUCAGCAGGAGGAGCAGCUCUCACUCCAGCAGCAGUUCCAGCAGCUCUGCAGUGAUGUUGACCAGUUAGCAGCUGACAUGAAGCACAUGAGUGUUACAAACGCACAGGUGUUGGAUGAGUUGAAGCAGAGAGAGCUGGGGAACUCCGAAAAAGAGGAGAAGAUGCAGGUGAAGAAGAAAACAAUUGACCUGUUGCCAGAUGCAGACAACAACCUGCUGAAGCUUCAGGCUCUGGUGGAGGCCAGUGCCAAGCGGGUGGUGAACCUGGCCUCUCAGUGGGAGAAACACCGCGCUCCGCUUAUUGAUGAGCACCGCAGACUCAAAGAAAUCUGCAGCAACCAAGAUCUUGAGUCCUCCAGAAAGUUGUCUGAAAUCAAGUCUCUGCAUGACAAGAUCCGCGUGUCUACAGAGGAGGCCAAAAAGAAGGAAGAAGUCUACAAACAACUGGUAACAGAGUUAGAAAACCUUCCCCAGGACGUGUCUCGGUCUGCAUACACUCAGAGGAUUCUAGAGAUCGUCAGCAACAUCAAGAAACAGAAGGAGGAAAUUACUAAGAUCUUGUCAGACACUAAGGAGCUCCAGAAAGAGAUCAACAGCCUGACAGGAAAACUGGACCGGACCUUUGCUGUGACUGAUGAACUGGUUUUCAAGGAUGCCAAAAAAGAUGAAUCCGUCCGCAAAUCCUACAAGUACCUGGCUGCCCUGCAUGAAAACUGUAAUCAGCUGAUUCAAACCAUCGAGGACACAGGGACAAUCUUGAGAGAAAUUCGAGAUUUAGAGGAGCAGAUUGAGACAGAAAAUGGUAGUAAAACUGUGGCUAACCUUGAGAGGAUUCUGGACGACUACAAGGCUAUCCGACAGGAGAACUCUGCACUCGCUGCCAAAGUCAGAGAGGGCUGAAGGAGGCCCGCUCCGCUCUGCUCUGCCUGCUCAGGUGGAAGAUGUGGUAAACCUGACUGGGCCUGAGACAGCACUCCAGUUUUCACACUGACGAGACUGCUGUUGAUUAACUCUGCCCCUCUGUUGCCAUUGGAGACCUGCUUUUCUUUAGAAAGGCAAGCUGAUUUUGGAACCAUGGAACUAACCUGGCAUUUAAAUGCACAACCUGUAUGGAUGGAUAAAGAUUACAAUUAGCGUUUGAUUUCAAACUGAUUUGUGCAGCUGGAUGUGUGUCUGAGGGCCCACGCACUGGUUUGAUCUCUCUGUACCCUGAUGGACAGCAGAGGGUGCUAUCAGGCCUUUUUUCUUCAAAGUUGUAUCCCUAUUGAUAUAUGAAAUGUUUUCAUAAGAUAUCUCGAAUAAAAUCUAAUCUUUGACUGGGAAUUUUUAAUACAGGAAAUUAUUCCACCAUUUUCAGACAACAACAAUUCCUUUGUUGUCAUGAUUUUCUUUGAGCUGAAUCUGUUGAGUGAAUGGCAUUUGAAUGUAGUCCAUUAACAAUGUUGUCGAGCCCCAUCAGCAGAGUAUUGUUGUAUAUAUCGUACCAGCUUGAAUAAAGAUGCCUUACAACUUGAA